GAAGACAUGAAGAUUGAAGAAACAUUCAGAGUCAAACAUGAAGAUAAUGAGGAACAAACAACGAUGGAGUUUAAUAAAGAGGAGAGUGAAGACAUGAAGAGUGAAGAAGCAUUCAGAGUUGAGACACAAACAGAGAUGGUGUUUAUUAAAGAAGAGAAUGAAGACUGAAGAAACAUUCAGAGUCAAACAUGAAGAUACUGAGGAACAAACAGACCUGAUGGCACUGAAAGAGGAGAGGGAAGUACUGAAUGAAACUGAAGAGAAAGAUCAGUAUGAGAAUCAAAAUGGAAACCUUGACAUCCACAGCCUUUUCACCUGCCAACAGUGUGGAAACAGUUUCACUUAUAAAGGAAGCCUUAAGAUGCACAUGAGAGUUCACACUGGAGAGAAGCCUUACACCUGCUCUCAGUGUGGAAAG